CCCGGAGACCAGGGAAUACCACUCGUAUUCAGGAAAUAUAGAAGGUUAUCCCCGCUCCGCACACUGAUAAACUAAGUGUGCAACCGCUUAACACUUGUAAAUGUGAAAACUGCAAGUUGUACACUUGCAAGUGUUUAACGCGGUAGGUGUGCUCACCGGGUAGAAACUGCUCAACUGAGGAGUUGCACACUUGCAAGUGCACACGUAUCGAGCUUAACACUUGUGUAUGUACAAGUAUUGGGCUGCACACGUGAAAGUAAUCAACUUGCAUUUGCACACUUACGAGUGUUAAGCAGUUGCACACUUAAUUUAUCAGUGCAUAUGCUCUAUGCUAAAGCCAGCUACGCUUCGCUGGCACUUUCUGCAGGCUUAUAUCAAACUUCAUGGUGUCGGGUCGUGGCCUACAGUUCUGCGGAAAGUCGAGGCGCAAACACAUCCGCCGUUCGCCAGUUCUUCUCAAGUUGACGGGGUGAUCGCUGCAAAAGCGGUUUUCUCUAGCGAUCCCAACAAAGCUAAUGAGCACAAGAUGGUGCUGACAAGAGACAAGGGCUACCCAGUCGGGCCAGGGGCUCUUCUCAUCAUCAAUGAAGGGACAUUCACACACCCGGACCUCAAAUGCCGGGAGCCUGGUACAAGCGAGGAUCGAGACAGUCUUGAACUUGUAUUUCGGUCUUUGGGUUAUGGAGUUCACAUAGCAAACAACUGUAAUGGGGAUGCCUUCAAAGAACACCUGGCAAGUGCUGUAGAUUUGAUUGGUGACGGUGUGGGCCCCUUUGUCCUGGCGUUUUUGAGUCAUGGAUGUUCUGGAGACCGCUUAUACUUUGCUGAUGGCACACAAAUGUCCAUGUUAGAGAUCAGACGGGCGCUGCUACAGCACAGGACACUAGAUGGAAGGCCUAAAAUAAUUAUAGUCCAGGCAUGCCGGGGACAGGACCACCUUGUUGCAUUGAAAGAUGGUAGUACAGUAAUAAUGAAAGAGGGCGAAGAUUUUUCCCCUGACAGUGCUGUUGUAGAUCCCAUGGCCGAUACUAUAGUUAUGUGGUCGUGUAUGGAGGAAAGAGUUGCGUAUCUUCAUCGUGACAUUGGCUCAAUGUUUAUCAUUUUGACUUGUGAUGAGAUAUUAAAAAGCAUGUCUGGUGCGGAAAGAGCGACAUCGAUCAGUGCUGAAACACACAUCAUUGAUUUGAGCAUGAGUGUAAAUAAAAGCAUGGAAAACUAUGUGACAAGGUGCCAUGGAUUCCGUAUGCUGACGAGCCCCGAGACCAUAUCCUCUCUCAAAAAGCCACUGUUUCUCGGCCCGCCCGUCGAUGAAGAUAAGUUCGGCAGAGCAAAGGAGAGAAUAGACGGGCUUAAGCUAGAGUUGGCUCGAAUUUGGCCUCGAGCUGCCGGUCAAGUCCAAGUCGUUCCCAACCUACAGCCGGACGAUGUCCACAAAGACCCCGGCUGCCACUGCGUGGACGACUGCGUCCCCUCCGGCACCUGUCGCUGCAGACAAGCAGGCGCCCCGUGCGGCCCCGAGUGUCGCCACGACGGGGGCCCCAAGAACAAGAGCGACAAGUGCGCUAACGCGCCGAGGGCCUGCCGGUGCAAGGGAGGCUGUGGCUCGGGCAGGUGCGGCUGCCGGAAGUACAGCGUUCCUUGCGGAGAGCGGUGCCACCCUGGAGCGGCAUGCGGGAACAGGCAGGCGCCACGCGAGUUCUCCUCUACAGUUAAAGUGAAGUUCGAGAGAGCGCAGUCCUCUAAAGAUGCGAAGGAGAAGUCAACGUCCACGACCUCCACGACGCACUCUCCUGACCACGUGGACCGCGGGACGAGGGCCUACGUGACGGAUGGCGGGGGCGCUGCAGUGAGCGGGUGCAAGUGCCGAACUGGAUGCGGUGCGAAAUCCAAACUGUGCGGCUGUCGGAAGAGAGACCUCAUCUGCGGUCCUCGGUGUCACGGCGGAUCUCCUUGCGAAAAUUUACCGAAGAAGGGUCCAAAGCAGAAGUCGAAUAAGCUAGCGACAGGGAACGUCAACGUCUCGGACACUGCGUGUCCGACAGGAGGCGAGGGCUCUCGUUGUGGGUUGGGUGCCGCGGAUCGGGCAGUUUGCGCGGUCCGCAGUGCCACAGCGGGGCGGGCGGGCUCCAACUGCGCGAAUCGGAUCAAAGCGAGCGGGGCUGACAAAAUAGUGAAGUGCAAAUGCAAGACGGGCUGCUCGCCUAACUCGAGGUGCUCGUGCCGCAAAGCGGACGUUCUGUGCGGUCCCAACUGUCACCCCGGAGAACAGUGUGAAAAUUGAAUGGCUUAGGGAAGGCGUGCGGCAUAGGAAAAAUACGGAAAAAUAUUUUCAAAUAAUUAAGAAAACUGUAA